CUCUCUCUCAGGUUGUAUUCUCCCCCCCUUCCCCCAAUCCGCCCUGAAGCAUAGUUAGACAGGUAGGGCAGGGCUUCGCUGGUAAGUCGCCUCUCUCUCUCGGCUCUCCAAGCCAGGGCUCAGCCGACAUUCCACCAUUUGUAAGAAGCCAGGUGUGUGUGUCGAACCUGCCGAGUUGUUUUCUGUUACGUUGUGCUGCUGCUGCUGUUGCUGCAAAGUGCCUUGAAUGUAAAAUCUAUUGUGUUUUUUCGUGCUGCUCAAUAUUGUACUUGUGUAAACACCUUGAUUCGUCAAUCAUCGGAUAUCUAUUUCGUCAAAGUGCAACAGUGUUUUGUUUUUACGAAGAUCCACGACUGAGCUUCCCAAAUUGUGUCUUCAUUCUCUGUGCUGGCCAGUUGAUCUGGUCGCCUUCGUUAACGCCUCGUUUAAUUCGCAAUUAUAGCGAGUCGACCGCCAUUGCAUUAUCGACACUGAAGGGGACACAGCACCGUGUCAUGCGGCUUCGAUAAUGCCGAACGUCCGUUGUUGUUCCGCCGACUGCGCGGAUGUGGUUGUACGAAUCCCGCCCAACCGGGUCGCGGUUUGAAUGCCUGGUUACUGCAAUAAUCUAACGCCCGCCCGUUCGUAGCUGCUGCUGUUGCUACUGCCUGUUUUUUUGUGUGUGUGUGUUUGUGUUUGUGUUUUUUUCGGGGACUCCAGUCCCAUCAGUUCAUCAGCGUCGUCCGUUCAGCCGAGAACUAGAGCAAACACUGUGUGCCACUGACGGCUGUUUUUGUGUGUGCAUUGACGGGGGGGACGGGCCCACGGCUGGACGGUGUCUGUGAACCAUUUCGAUGGAAAAAUUGAGUGCCAAGAUGAAGAAAACAUCUUUGAUGCCUCGUUGGUGGAAGAAGCGCUUUACAGCCGUCAUUACGGAAUCGGAUCCAUCGUUUAAAGUCGUCUACUUGGGCAACGUUCUUACCGGAUGGGCUAAAGGUGAAGGAUGCCUGGACAAACCGUUGGCAACAUUAUGGAAGAAUUAUUGCCAAAGUAGCCGGCCCGAUGUGUCCAUGAGACUCUCGGUUUGUAGCUCCGGUCUUCAGGCAACAACGUCUGAACACGGGCUGACGGAAUAUUGGUCGCACCGCGUGACGUGGUGCUCGGCCCCGCCGUCCUACCCGCGCAUUUUCGCCUGGGUCUAUCGGCACGAAGGCCGUCGUCUUAAACAAGAGUUGCGAUGUCACGCUGUGCUGUGCACGACGGGUCGACAAGCUCGACAGCUGACGGCCCGGCUGGAACAACGACUCCGCGAGGCUCUGCACGAUUUCCGUCGGGAGAAAUUGUGCCGACAAUCAGCCCGUCUCUCUGUGGCUGCCUGUCUCUACGAGGACUAUGCUAGCGCCAUACCCAAACGAAAACUGCUACUAGCGCCCGGAAUCAACAACUACAAGCCUCCGGUGGAACGGUGUAAAUCAGCACCGAAAUUAGGUUCCAUCGAAGAAUCGCCGGAACUGGAAGAAGUCGAAGAAAAGGAUUGGCUUCGUGUGCUGGCUCUGCGCGGGGCCGCGCAGACGCUCCAGCGCAACAACACAGUCAUCAAACCCGUUUCACCUGUCCGCAGUUCGCUCGAAACAGUCAGAGAGGAAGAUCGGUGCAUAUCCACUCCGGCGCUACCUUGCAAAAUAAUUGCAGAAUGCGAUCCGUCUUCCGAUGCCGUCUCGCCCGACGGCCUCUUGGAUUUGGCCGAAGUGAAGGUGACCCUGAUGCCCGAUGGAGGCACGUCGUGUGUCGACGGAAGUCCGGCUGCUGUCCAGUCUGAAUGCCCCACUGUGAAGCCGAUGCGUCUCCCACUUUUGAGGCGAAUGAGCGCCGAGGCUCGCAAAAAGUUCGGCUCUGCGGAUUGCGUUAUCGAUAACAGCGGAAGGCCGUCAUCACCUCCGCCCAUCUUACCACGACGAGCCCGUCGUUCGCUACCCUGCAGGGCCGCCAGUGUCAACGAUUACGCGGCUGAGCUCCAGUUGCAACAGAAUCGCGCUCUCAUCCGCCGGCAAAGUCAACCAGAAUACGUCGGCGUUGCCAGACGACCUACUUCCGAGUACAUUGAAUCGCGGGACGAAUACUUGUACGACGAGGAGGAAAUCGACUUUCGAUUGCGUCUCGAUUCGGCGGUCGAGGAGCUGUUGGAGAGCGACUCCUUUAGCGGUUCGUCGCCUUGUUCGUCGGCCGACCACAGCCCCAAUUUGGCUGACAAGGGCCGUCUUAACCUGGUGCCCAGUCCUUGCGACCAAGUGCAGGCCUUUCAUAUGCUGGCCAGCGAAGAUCACGACAAUGUCUCGGACGAGAGCGGCUAUUCAGACGAUAAGGAUGUCAUUUCUUCUUCGUCUUCCGUCUCGGAUGCGGGCACUGUUAAGACGGCCAAAGGGGCGUACACGAUGGCCGAGGAAUUCACGCUCAAUCUUUAAAAAAAAUUAAGCCCCGAAUUUUGUAACCGUUUUUUUUUUUUUUUCUCCCCUUAGCCGUCCAGGACUCGAGUGAUUCAGACUUCCAAAUUUGCGGCUUUUUAUUUGCGGCCGUUGCAACAUCUUUCGUUAACUUUUCUUAUUUGGAGGAGGGGGGGUCCUUUUUCGCAUGGUAACUCGUCAUUUAUAGCCAACACACACCAGUCCCGAUACGCAACUCACCUGUUUAUCAAAUUUCAUUUCUUUUUGCGUCACGUAGUUCAGCUCGUUUCCACAAGGGCUAAUGACGACUUCCCUUUUUGUUUUUCUUCGCAAAAAGGACAACAAUUAAUCAUUAAAAGAAAAAAUAAUAAUAACAAAAAUAAUAAAAAAAAAUAUGUAAAAUUUUUUGCUAUAGGACAAUCGGUCACAUGUGAUUAUUUUGAUAGAACAAGUUGGAGAGCAAAAAUAUGAAUAAAAAAAAUAAAUCUUUUCAUCCUGUUGUGUGGAUUUAGCAGUUGUCGAUUCUCGAGUGCCCGCCCACAUUAUUUCGUUGUUGUACAUUCCACUUGUCUAUAGGUGUCCCUUCCUCUUUUUAUUUUGCAACCACUAGUGCUGUACGAUAAUUAAUACUCGUUGUCCAGGCAAUCCCCGUUUUCCACACCGCAGGUUUCUCUCUUCUUUUAAUUUUUAUUAUUAUUUUAUUUCACCCCCCUUUUUUUUUUUUUUUUUUAUUGAUUGGUAAAAUGAUCUGCAGUGCCCCGUCUUUCUCUCGUUUCCCGACAAGCCUUAAUUUGUUAUUUCGGCAAACGUUUACAUGUCUGUUUUUUUUUAAAUCUUCUGUGUGUGUCCGAUACAUAUUAUAAUUUAACGUUCCCAACAAACAAACAAACAAAAAAAAGAGUGACGCAUUUUUUUUCUUUUUUUUCAUUCAUUGGGAAGAAUACAUGGUGCGUGUAAGGCACAUUUCAAAAUUGA